UAGACGAUCAAAAUACUCGAAGAGAAUUCACAGAGGGGGCAUCACUAUUGCAACUAUGUCGAAAGGCCUGAUUUCUUACAGUUAUAAGGAUUUGAAGUUGGCAACCAAGAAUUUUAGGGAAGAAAAUAAACUGGGAGAAGGAGGGUUUGGUGUUGUAUACAAGGGUACUCUGGAAGGUGGGAAAGUAGUUGCAGUCAAGAAAUUAAAUUUUCGCCAAUUCACAAGGAUGGAGGAAGAGUUUGAGAGUGAAGUGAAGUUGAUAAGUAAUGUUCAUCAUCUAAAUCUUGUUCGACUUCUAGGAUGUUGCAGUGAAGGACAAAACAGAAUUCUUGUUUAUGAAUAUAUGAAAAAUAAUAGUCUUGACAGGCACCUAUUUGGUAAAGGGAAGGGUUCUCUCAACUGGAAGCAAAGGUGUAACAUAAUUUUAGGAACAGCAAAAGGGUUGGCUUAUCUACAUGAGGAGUUUCAUGUUCGUAUCAUACAUAGAGAUAUAAAGACUAACAACAUCCUUUUAGAUGAUAAUUUACAGCCUAAAAUUGCUGAUUUUGUAUUGGCGAGGCUUUUGCCUGAGGACAAAUCUCAUCUCAGCACAAAAUUUGCAGGAACAUUAGGAUACACAGCACCUGAAUAUCUUAUUCAUGGCCAAUUAUCAGAGAAAGUUGAUAUCUAUAGUUAUGGUGUUGUAGUCUUAGAAAUCAUUAGUGGUCGACAAAGUAAAGAAUUAACCAUCGAUGGUGAUGAUGAGGGUCAAUUCCUCCUUCAAAUGGCUUGGAAAUUAUAUGAGAGGGAUAUGCACCUAGAGUUGGUGGACAAAACCUUAAGCCCUUUUGACUAUGAUGAAGAAGAAGUGAAGAAGAUGAUAGAGAUUGGUUUGCUUUGCACUCAAGCAUCUACAGAAGGAAGGCCAAUGAUGUCUGAAGUAGUUGUUUUGCUCCAAAACAAGGAUUUGUUAGAGAAUAGGAAGCCCACUAUGCCUAUCUUGAUUGAAACUAAUUAAAGGUAUAUGGAAAUACUUCCUUUAAUCACCCACCCACACACACACACACAC